UUCACUAAAUUUCACUAAACAAAUUCAGUUAAUUUCGUGCUGAUUGGCCCAAUUCAAUUUCAAUCCCCAAAUUCGUAAUCUGAUACGAGUUUUGUCGAAAAGACAAAAAGCAAAAAGAACAAGAACAUAACGGCCGAUAUUUAUAGUUGGGUUUUAUAUCUGAAGCCGUUUCAAGUUCACUUUUAGACGCUUCGUAGCCAAUGAAAUCAGCCAUCCAGUAUCUGAAGAUAACCUUAGGACGAUCUUCUAUGUAAGAUCCGACUACGAAUAUCGGCCAAAGAGCACGUUGUAAAUCAUCUUUAUAAGCGAGAGUGCUCAUAGCGUCCAAAUCGAAUGCACCCCAGAGCGCGACAGUUGCGUUGUUAUGGUUGACUACGGCGCUAUGCAAAUAAUCGUUGUUUCCCCGUUGCGACGACUCGCAACGGUUAAUUAAUACCCUUAAUUAAUGAAGGAGCACUUCGAUCAUGGAUCUAGACCAGGGGCGGGACGUUAAUGUUUACGAACUCGUGACGCAACUAGUCAAGCACACGUUGCGACGAAACCGUCCUGGAAAUGGGAACUUCUAUGUACCUCCCAAAGACGAUAUCAAAAUAGUAAAGAAACUCCGCUCGAAGACCUUCGAGAUAUUAUUGAAUAAAAGUAACAAUGUACAUAUUCAAGGGAGUAAGGCGAAUUCUAAGGCUGAUCCCUUAAUACAGGUGCUAAAACAUGCCUUUGUACUCAAACUGUCCUUGAAACGUAUAUCGGAGGCUGAAGAAUUGGAGAAUCUAAUGAAAAACUUGUUUAGUCACGAGACUAAUACAGAAGCUGUAAUCAAUCCCAUUUUACAGCUACUGAUAGAGCUGAAAAAUUUCCAGACCGAAGCGCAACCUGUAUUAGAUAUAUUUCACUACGGUAAAACCAAUCCUUCUUUACCUGAAGAUGUUGCACCUGGAAAUGGCGUGCCUAUAUUUCCGACAUAUCCCAUGGAAUGUUUCAUUUUACCAGAGAAAUUUGAAGUCAUGCUGGGUAUUUGCAGAACGAGCAAUCUUAAGCAGGAUAUGCCCACGAAUUUUGUUAGUAGAGAGAGAGUGUCCUUUGAGGAUCGGCGCGUCCCUGAGGCUAUACUCGGGAUAGAAACAAUCAGGUGUAAUAAAAGCAAUGUUAUCGAAAUGCAGGCUCCCUGCGUCGAAUCAAAUCGCAGAGACAAUACACCGAAACGGUACAAUGCGAUCGCUCCUAUUUUGACACACCUUACGCAAGUUGACGUGGAGCAAAAAAGCAGCAAGCUCUAUUUGUCCGGUCAAAGAUUCGCGUCGGACGUGACGUCGCCUCGCGAGUGGAUCGAGUCUGCGUGGAAUCGAGAGGGACGUGUAAACGGCUCGUGGCCAUUGGACGAUUCUGAUUGUAAUUUUACGAACGAGGUGGGACGUUUCAGGGACAACGUUGGCUUAAUGUGGGAGGAAAUGCGACCCACCGACGGCCGCGUCUCGAAAUUACGCACGUGGGAGUCCUUCGGGAUCGCGGGACCUCCCAAGCAGACGCUGUUCGUCACCGAUCUGCCGGAGACGACGCUGCAUCUGGCGAGGAUAAGACAAACAAGUAUUUUAUUACUGCUGCCAAAGAAGGCGGUGCUUUCCGUGCCGCUGAUGCGGGAAGUUUCCCGGGGGAAAUUCCUGUCGGAUGUCAAGCUGCUGCUGUUCGGCAUCGAUUCCGACUCCUUCACGUACAACAACGUGACGGGAUUCAAACUGGAGGGGAACAUCACUGUACAGGGUGUAAGCACGGAGUCGUUGACGAUCGCGUGCCGGGAGGCGGUCUGCUGGGGCAACAGUUUCAAGUCCCUGUCGCGGCUGGUCAUGGCCGAUCCGCAAACCGGCAAGUUGCAGCAGGACGGCCUCAUAUUCAGGGCGAUGUGCACCAACGUGAAAGAAUUGCUGCUGUACUACCGGGCGGCGUUGCAGAGGAUUCUCGAGCGACACGAGUCUCAGGGAUCGCUGAGCCUGCUGAAGAAAGUCCGGCCGGUGGCGCGUUUGAUCGCGGAAGUCGCGAGACUCUGCGGCUACGAAGGACAGCAACACGACCGGGGCGCUCCGGCCUGCGGUGGCAGCCGGAUUUUGACGCACAUUUACAAGGAAGUGGCCGAAGUCACCGACCCGAAGGUCGCACUGGUCUUCUACUCCAUACUGAAGUCGUGCUGCGAGGUCUACUUCCGGUUCUUGCAGAACUGGCUGUUCGAGGGGACGUGCGACGACGUCUACGGGGAGUUCAUGAUUCAGACGCGGUCGCAGUACCUGCGGAAGAGGGGACGGAAAUUCUGGACGAACGCCUUCGCGAUCGACGCCGGCGCGGUGCCGGGCUUCCUCUCCGACCUGUCGGAGUCGAUCCUGCGCUGCGGCAAGACGCUGCGACUCCUGAAGAUCUGCAGUCCGAAGAAUCCGGUGUGCGAGGUGUCCAUCGGCGCCCAACCGGAGGUCAGAGUUUGCUUGAGCGUGUCUAUGCUGCGGGAGCAGCUGAUGAGGUGUCGGGAAUACGAGGGGAGGAGCGGGGCGGCGUCGGGGCCGAUAGUGUCGCUUCUUUCGGCGAUUCGCGAGCGGAACAAGGCCGAAAGGGCGACGGUCGAACUGGUGAUGCGCGCCCAGCAGGAGACUCUGUCCAGGAUCAACCAGCAACGCGAGGAACUGGUCGCGAGGACCGCGCAGAGCAAACGGGCGCUGCUGCAGGCGCUGAAGGACCAGGCGGAGGAGAAUGCCUUGUUCAAAGAGAGGGAGAAGGAACUCGAAGCGUUGGCCGAGAAAUUGUUGCUCGAGAAGAUCGAUCGGGAGCAAAGGGAGAUGCGGGAGCAACGGAGGAGCGAACGGGAGCAUCUUGCGAGCCACUACGACAAAUUAACCGCCGACAUCGAAAGGAUUCACGCACGGUUCAGCUGGCGUAAAGCGAGAAUGAGCAAUUUCGCGAGACGGACGGUACUGUUGGAGUCCUUGAAGAGGCGCGAGAGAAGGAUAUCGGGAAGCGUGGGAAGUACGCCGAGCUCGGACGUCGAGAACGCUGUCGUCGACAUCGACGAGCCGACGAGCAAGGCUACUUCCGUUUCAGUUGCGAGCAUAGACGAAGGGGAAGGACGAGAAGGAGCUAAGCAGGACGAGAACAGUAAUUUCGCGGGUGACGAAGCGACGGACGUCACGACGGACGGCUUUGAUCGCGUCAGCUCCGCGUCGGAGACUCUGUCGCCCGGCGAGGUGAUCCCCGAGGACAUGAAGGACCUUCAGUGCGAUUCUCGCAAGAAGGACGGCGCGUUGAACGAGGAAAGCACGAAGGGGCGCGAGGAGACGCAAAACGUGGGUCUGCCGCGAGAAUCCUUGCCGUUGAACAUCUACAAGAGGAACAACGAGCGGAGCGACCUGCAGGAUUUCCUGCGCGACGAAGCGAUGAAGAACAUCCGCGCCAUCAUGAGCGACGGCCGGAUGCCGGCGGACACGGCGACGUUGGACGUUCGUUUGAACGACAUCCUGAGGGCCGACGAGCUGACCGGCAGGAUAAUCGCCGCGAACAGACCCGUCUCCUUGGCCAUCGAGAGGAUCGACAACAUGAGCGCCGCCCAGGCGAACAAACUGAAGGUCCUCCUGCGGGAAUACGGCGUGACCACGCCGAAUAACAAUAACGAGUUCAGCACGAUAAUCGUAGAAGAUCGCGCGAACGAUAACGAUAAUCGAGCGUCGCUGGGAAGAAUCGAAGAACGCAGCAACACGGGAGAAAACGUGAACAACAACAACAACGACGUUCCGCCGACGUUCGACGCGAAGUCGGUUAACGCGAACUUCGCGGACACGCCGAUGUCCUGCACGACCGACAACUUGACGACCCUGUCGAGCCACACGCCUCUGUCGCAGCUGCCGAACAGCGAGGAGCUCUUCUCCCUGAACGCCGCCCCGGAGACCUCCUGUUUGUCCGGCAAUACGGUGAGGUCCGUCACGGAGGAGACGUGCUUCGAGUCGCCGAUGAUCGGCGACUUCAGGCUGCCGAAUUUCUUCGGCCUCAGCCCGGACGACGCGUCGGCACGACCGGCACACGUCGCGUCGUCCUUGACGAUAGCCGACGUCGAAAUGAUCGACAACACGUCCCUCCGGGUGUAUCUGGAGAAGUCCGUCGCGAUCCCGCUGCGGAUACAAAGCCGGCUGGUGGACAACGCGAUAAUCGACCACCUGGUGAACGAGCACGCCAUGCUGCUGCACCUGCACAGCCUGCGCGGCUACUUCUUCCUGCUGAACGGCGAGUUCGCGAAGAGUCUGACGGAUUCGCUCUAUUCGCGACUCUACGCGAUCUCCGCGCCCAUCGAGCUCUUCAAUUCCGCCACGCUGACGAACCUCCUCGAACAGGCGCUGAUGAAUUCCUUCAGUAAUAAUAAUUACGUGAAUUCCGAACUACUCAGUCUCUCAGCCGUCGACAAGCCGUGCCAGUUAUACAUAUCAGAUCCGAACGUUCUGGAAUGCCUCUGUCUCAAUUACAAGAUCUCGUGGCCGUUGAAUAUCAUUUUGGACGACACGGUGAUGCUGCAGUACAGCAAAGUGUUCAAGUUCCUGAUAAUGACCGGCAGGAUGUCGUGGGUCCUGAAGGAGGACUUCAACAUCAUGAAGGUGGACCGUAACGUGGUCGUCUCGGAACAGUAUCACAAACUCCAAUUGUACAGACAUUCCAUGACCCAAUUCAUGAACGCUCUUCACAAUUACCUGACGUGCAGCGUGCUACACGCGAGCUGGAGCGAGUUCGAGAAGGAUUUGCAGAACUCGCAAACGAUAGAUCAGAUUUACCUUUCGCACAUGAAUUACAUCAAAAGGAUACUCUCGAGGUGUAUGCUGAACACGCGCGGGGAGAAGAUGCGCGUGUGCCUGAUCAACAUCUUCAAGAUAAUACUGAAGUUUCACAAUCGACUGCGAUCGCAGAUGUGGACAGUCGGGAGUAACACGGGCCGGUACGGUCAUCCGAAUUUCAAGAGUUUGGAGCAGAUGUAUCGGUCGUUCUGCGAGUGGCGGAUCUACAUGGCGCACGUGGCGCACAAAUUGGCCACCAGCGGAUACCAGCCGCACCUCACCCACUUCCUCAACGCUUUGAAUAUGAAUCACAUGUACGACCUGACGACGAAGCAGCAGUAAAAUUGCAGCAUUGUGACCGAUUCGGUCGUCUCUCACGAUCGAGAUAUCGUUAGAUGUAAAAAAAAAAAGGGAUAAAAAAAAGAAUGCAGAGA